UUCAAACCUCAGCGGAUACUCACAGUACCUGAAAAUCUUCAUCGCCAUCUUUUUCGCAGCGAUGUGCCCUCAACUUCCAGUGCCGAGCAGAUUCCUAUCCAGUUGCCAAAACUGAGAUCACCAUCUCUGCAAGAACACUUCAGGGCGAUUCAUAGCCGGUCCUGCGAUCACAACGAUCGUGCACAUUGGAUACGUGCAGGUUGUCUGGAACGUCUGAUAGUCGACACGGCGAGGUAUUGUUGGUGCAGCGAGCGCCUUGUGCAUCUUACACCUGUUCCGUUGCUAGCCAGGCUUGAACAUUUGAUUCCUCUUGGAGGUUCCGAAAAGCCUCGAGUUGCUAUUGGUCACAAUGUUGGUUACGAUCGAGCACGAGCAAGAGAACCCUACGAGAAGAAG